CCCACCCCCCUUCGCCCCUCGCCAGGACCUUCGGGUCGCGCUAUGAAGCGUCAGCAUGGGGUUCAUGGAAUUCUAUCUGGAAAUUGACCCGGUCACGCUCAACCUCAUCAUCCUGGUGGCCAGCUAUGUCAUCCUCCUGCUGGUUUUCCUCAUCUCCUGCAUCCUGUACGACUGCCGGGGGAAGGACCCCACCAAGGAGUACACGCCCGAUAACGCCCCGCCGCCCCCCAGCCAGUCGCCCAUUCGCCUGGUGGUCAUGCAGAAUUCGCCCGCCUCCGCCCGCUACGAGCCCAACCACACCGCCCGGCCUCCCACGCCCGACCUGAGCCGAGAUCGCGAGAAGCGGACCACCCUGGUGUGAGAGACGGCGCGGCCGUCAUCGUCGUAUCGGCGUUUGCGGCCGCCCUGCUUGCCGCGCAUCACGGCGGGCUUUUGUCUCGCUCUGCAUAUUGAUACAAACAAGGACUACAACUCCCACAACCCCCAUUCAACUCUUUCCAAUCGCCAGGCCCCUCACUUUAGGUAGUGGGGGUGGGGGGGGGGUGUCACGUGACUUAGAAGGCAGGAUGGAAGCUGGUCCGACUGCCUGCUGACUUUGUGCUGGUUGGACCAGCAAGAGCUCGACUGGCAAGUGACUAUUUUGGACAGAAUAUUGUCAAAAAACAGUUUUGGCCUCUGACACAUCUUAACCUAGAAUAUUGAAAUAUUAAUAAAUACAUAAGUAUUAUUACAAACAUCCAUAGCUCA